UAAUCAGUCCGGGCUAGGGUUUCACCCGCGGCUUGUCUGUUUGCGUCCGGCGCAAACUUUCCUCGUCGACGCUUUUUCGGAUCGCCUUCCGAGGCCUGCGCUUCAGCGACGUCGUCGUCGUGAUCGGCGUCAGCUAGCGCGUGGCAAGACCCAGCCAGCCACCGCGCCUGUCCGCCGCCAUGGGACUGUCGGUGGCAAAGCACAUCUUGUUGCUUGUGUCCCUUCUCGUAGCAUGCAGCGCCGCCAGUGGCAAUGCAGUGGACGAAGCGGGCGAUCGCGCAGAAGACCCUGUAACCGAGCCUUACGCCGCCAAGCAGCUCAACGCUCCUGCCGAACACACGGUCACCGCGGGUUUACAGUCCUGGCCGAUGAUGCUGUCUCUCCGCUACCGACCGACGGCACUGGCCCGUUAACGGCGGUCGAGAAAAGCCCGCAGGACGAGGAGCCUGCUGAGGGACAGAAUGAAGGCGUACAGGACACCGCGCAGGGAGACAUGGCCGUGGCCGAGGAAAGGUCGGGCAGGCCGUACGCCCCUGUGCACAAGGCACCUCCGCACCAACACCACCAGCAGAAACCGUACCAGCACCCACCACCUCCACCACCGCGGCCUCCGCCACCGGCGCCACCUGUGGUACACGCCGUGGCCCCUAAGCAGUGGCCCACGUCCUGUUCCACCCGCACCGCACCAUCCCCACCCACCUGCGCCACCUGUCGCAAUGCCGAAGCCUCCUCACCAGCAUAUGAAAUUGCCGCCGCCGCCGCCCCCUCCUCCACCUCCACCUCCUCCUCCACCCCCUUACGCUGGUAAGCCAAUGGUUGUCCCAGUGCGUCCGGGACAUGGCCGGCCGCGCAAGCUGGACAAGGAACAGAAGCGGCUGCUGCCCGUCCGUUGCAACCCGAACGCCCGCUACCGCACGCACGACGGUUCCUGCAACAACCUGCGCUACCCUUGCUGGGGUCGUGCCGGGGAGUCGUACGGACGCCUGCUGAAGCCCGACUACGGGAACGGAAUGUGGACCAGCCGAAAGGGCGCGUAUGGCCGCAAACUGCCCAACCCUAGGCUGGUAUCCAUGGCGCUGUCCGGCACCUCCUGGCAGUCAAGCGACACGGAGUAUAGCUAUCACUCGGACCUGAUCGUACACUUUGGACAGCUCCUGGCUCACGACCUCACAUCGUCCGCUACGUUCACCACCGCCCAGGUGGUCGAUGGCAAGGUCACCAAGGCUCCGCCCAAGUGCUGCGGUAAGGGCGUUAAGCCUCACCCAGAGUGCUGCCACAUCACCAUGGAUCACAAGGACGAGUUCUAUCCCAUGGGCCACUGCAUGGACAUGGUCCGGUCCAGCGCGUACAACUCGAGCCGCACCGCUUGCCCCAGAAACAGUCCAGGGGAUUACAGGGAACAGAUAAACGAGGUGACGUCAUUCCUAGACGGCAGCGUCGUUUACGGCAGCAGUGAAGAGGAGUCGAAGAAGCUCCGCAGCGACGACGGCAAGGGAGCCAAGAUGAAAGUGGACAAGUCCAGUUUGUACAUUCCCAAAGGCCUGCUGCCGCGCAAAAGCGAAGGGGAUUGCAACAGCUACAUGCCUGGCUGCGACAAGCAAUGUUUUAUGGCCGGGGACCAGCGCGCGUCGCUGACGCCCGUGAUUGCUUCGCUGCAGACGCUUCUGGUGCGCGAGCACAACCACAUCGCCGAUGAGCUCAAGAAGAAAGGCUGGCCCGACGAGAAGGUCUACAAUGUGGCCAGGAAGAUGGUCGGCGCCUGCCUACAGGUCAUCACGUACAAGGAGUACCUGCCGCACGUUCUCGGUCCGGGCAUCAUGGAGGACUACCGGCUGUCGAUCCCGACGCCGCACUACUACUACAACGCGACGCUGAACCCGUCGCUGCUAAACCCGUACGCGACGGCCGCCAACCGGGUGUCGCACGCCGCGGUGGGCACCAAGUUCCACCGCGAGGGCCAGAAGUGCUUCCACACGACGCGCGUCUCGUACGACCUGAACACGCUCGACGACUUCUGCAAGCCCAAGACGGACCCCGUGCGUGCGCUCAUCAUGGGCGCCGCCUACCACAACAUGCAGCACCAGGACACCGUCUACAGCAAGGAGAUCACGAGGUUCCUGUUCGCGAACCCACCGAACCAGUUCGGCAAGGACCUUCUGUCGCUGGACGUGAACCGUGGCCGAGACCACGGGCUGCCAUCGUACUUGCACUACCGAGUGCUCUGCGGCUUGAAGCCCGUCUACUCCUUCGACGACUUCAAGAAGGAGAGCAAGUCGUACGACGCCGUGAACAGGCUCAAGGCCGUCUACGGGAACUACUUCGAGGACCUGGACUUGAUUGCUGGUCUGGCGCUGGAGACACCCGUGCACGGCUCCUUCUACGGGCCCACCACGCUGUGCAUCUUGGGAGAGGAGUACUACCGGAUCAAGUACGCGGACCGCUUCUGGUUCGAGAACCUCUACCACCCGGGGGCCUUCAGCAAGGAACAAGUCCAGGACAUCGCCAAGGUGACGCUGGCAACUCUCAUCUGCCGCAACACGGAUGUGGAGUACGUACAGCCGAACGUCUUCAAGAUGGCCGGCGCAGGCAACGCAAAGGUCAGCUGCAAGACCAUCUUGGCGAAGACCGACUACGACUACAAUCUGUACAAGUAGCCAAAAUAAAGAA